AUGGCUCCCUCUCAGGCGCCCAGUGCGCUCCUACUACACUCCUUGAGGUCUCUGGCUAUCGAAAAGCCACUGUCCAGGACUGCUACUCGGUCCUUCACGACGACUGUUUCAGCACGUGAGGAGGCACAAGUUCAGAAACCUUCUUUCUAUCGAAAUCCCGACCCAGCCACGGUCUACGUUCCCAGACUUGAGCGAAAGCUGAUGCGCGCUGGAAGACCUCCAAUUGGCUCACGAAGACGACGAGCGGCCCUUGCACAAUCCGCUGGCAUCCCUUUCGACCAAUUGCCCUAUCAGUGCUUCCAAGAAGCCCGCAAGAUUCUCAUUGCAGACAGAGCGGAGAAAUUGAAGAAAAUUGACACCGAAAGAGCUCGCAUUGCCCGGCUAAAAGAUGUUGACGCCAGCACUUUCCCGGGGGGUGAGAUGUACAAGCAGAAGAGAUUGGCCAGUAUGCAAGCAGAGCUCGAGCGACUCAAGAUCUUAGCCGACAUUAAUGAUCCGGACGUCAAGAGAAGGUUCGAGAAUGGUAGAGGGGAUAUGAAUAAACCGAUUUACAGAUAUCUGGCCGACCGAAAAUGGCGAGAGUAUCCUCGGAAGAUUCUCGUUCAACGUGUGACACAAAUGAAGGUGGUUCCUGACGUGAUUCCCAACGUUGAUCCCAUUGUCGAUGUCAAAAUUUCCUUUGGCAAAACGGCCAUCCCUCCUGGCGAAUUCGUGGAUUCGCGCAUCAGCGAAAAUCCUUGCCAGCUGACUCUACAAUCAUUCGAUCAAGGCGAGAAAAUGGUCACGGUGGCCAUUGUUGACCCAGAUGUACCAAACGUUGAAACGGACAGCUUUGACACCAGGUGCCACUUUCUAGCAUCAAACAUUACCAUUUCCGCAACCCAACCGUUUGUCGAUCUUGCAAAGCUAUCUCCAGAUUCCCAAGUCCUUCUACCAUGGCUGCCACCCCACGCACAGAAAGGAAGCCCGUACCAUCGACUGGCCAUCAUCGUUCUGCAACAGAGAAACAAUAUUCCCAUUGAUCUCGAGGUCGCCAUGAAGAAAGUUCAACGAGAGGGAUUCACAGUCCGCAGUUUCAUGAGUCGGCAUAUGUUGAGUCCCAUUACUGCGUCAUUGUUCCGAACCAAAUGGGAUGAUAGCAUGGCCGCUGUCAUGGAAAGAGCUGGGAUCGAGGGCGCCGACCUCGAAUUGAAGCGGAAGAAGGUUGAACCUCUACCGUACAAAAGACGCAAUCCGCCCAGUUUUAGAUAG